GAGGCCUGGGGUGUAGAAAACAGGUGAAGGGAGAGACAGCGGACACGUUUGGGGAGCCCUGGCCUGGCUGCCCUGGGGUGGGUGUUCGUGUUCCCUCUGGGCAGUCGCUCUUGUGAGUGAGGUGGGGUCCACGGGCAGAGGGGCGCUUCCGAGAAACACUAGUCCAAGCCCAGCCCACAUCUGACAGUCAUGAGGGCUGUUUCGCUGCGGGAAAUGGUUAGCGCUGUGCUUCUAUUGUUAAAAUGCAUCCUGUGAUUUCAGGUCUAGAAAUCUGACAAGGGAAUUGGGGAUCAAGGGAGGCCUUUGGGUGCACACUUGCUAUAGGAAAUGCAUCCUUGCUAAGAAUGGCGGGUGUUUCUAGAGGCCUUCUUCAGAAAGCAGAGGUCUCCCCUGUGCAGUGUGUGAGCCGCUGGGUCCCCAAGGUCGCCCGUGUCCUUAGCACAGUGAGCAGGCAGCCCUGCAUUUGGUCUCUGCCAGGCGCUCUGCAGAAAGUCAAGGCAAACAGGCCCACAUUGACCCGAGAGGAGCCCAACCAAGGAAGGCAGUAGGAUGAGACCACAUCUCAGGCAGGCAGCUCGCUGUGAUGAAAGAGCAGCCUGGGGUCCACGGGGGAGACAGCAGGGUGUGGAGCCACAGGCCUGGUGUGGUGUCUGGCUCCUCUGCUGUCUUUCUACUUGUGUGACCUUGAGCAGUUGCUCAACCUCUCACCACCUUGGGCUCCUGCCUAGGAAAUGGGGCUGCUGCACAGGUGAGAUGGGCUCAGAAUAAAGGCUUGAGGAGCAAGUCUCUGUUGGGUCCCUGCUAGGGGUGCAUCUAUGGAGGCACCAUCUUCACAAGGCACCAGGUGCCUGCCUGCACUCGGAGGGGCUUAAUCAAUAGGCCACCUCCCUCCCUUUGUUCUUCUAUCCCCUUCAAGAAAGAAGGAUUUGUCUCAGGACUUGGGGGAGGGGGAUCUGGAAGAAUCUUGGAAGCAGUUUCUGAAAUGGGCUGGCUGUGAGGACCGUUGGGUAGGGUUAGGCGUGGACAUUGCAGGGAAUGGUGGGGAAGUAAGUCUAGGAGGUGUUCAGAGGACAGUAGAUAAUCUGAAGUGGCCCUGGCAGAAGGGAAGGGACCUGGGGGUCCCGUGAGACUGGUUGAGACCAGGCCCUGAACGUCAGACUGAACUAAAGUUCAGACCUGUGUCUCAUGGACACAGGAACUCGCUGAAGUGGGGCAGAGAGACCUCCAGGGCCAGGGCUACCUGCGGUGGCUGGGAAUUAGGGAGAGCUCAGAGGAGCUGAUUCCAGAGGACCACGCCUAGCCAGGAGGGAAAGCCUCACUGGUGUGGACUCCCCAGGCUUUGGUGCGCAGGGGGGGCUGUGGCGGCUAGUGAGGCUGGAGGCACCCAGCAGAGAUGGGAACGUCAGGGGCCGAGCUGGGAGGUGGGGAGUGGGUGCCCUGUGCUUUUAAGACUGCAUUGGCCUCCUAAGGGCUGCUGUAACUGAAGACCACAAAUGUGGUGGCUUAAAACAACAGGAACCUACUGUCUCAUAGCUCUGGAGGCCAAAAGUCUGAAAUCAAGGUACUCGAAGGACCACGCUCCCUCCGAAUGCUCUAAGGAAGAAUCCCCUCUUGCCUCCCUUCUGUGGCUCCAGACCUUCCUGGGCUGUGGAGCAUCACUCCAACCUCUGCCUCUGUCUUCCAUCACCUUCUCCUCUGUCUGUUUUCUCCUUUUCUGUCUCUUUACAAGGACACUUGUCGUUGGAUUUAGGGUAAUCCAGAACUGUCUUAAGGUCCUUAAUUUAAUUACAUCUGUAAAGAUCCUUCUUCCAAAUAAAGUCCCAUUCACGGGGUCGGGGUAUUAGCACAUGGACUUGUCUUUUGAGGGCUGCCAUUCGACCCGCUGCAGUGACUGUUGGAUUCAAGGAGUCCUGGGGAGUAUGGAUGAGAGACGGAGGAGGUGUGGGCCCCGACUCAGGGCUGCCAGGAGAGCCCCUCCUUAUCUCUGUACUCACAGGCCUCCUUGUCAUCCCUUAGCCUCUGAGACCCCAGACCUCAGUCUGUCUGUUUCUCUGUCCCAAGAUGCUGUCAUUUUCCAUGACGCCCUGUGAGUCAGGGCCUCUGCUGUGGGGAAGUCAGGCAGCAUGGUUGGAUGGAAGGACGCCCUGUCCUUCCUGGGAGAUUGAUGUCUUCCCUGCCUUCUCCACCCUUUGCCCCCCAAAGGACAUGCAUGGGCUGUGAUGGGGGAGCAGGAACAGGAAGGAUGUGGGCUCUCCCAACUGCGUCGGCAGAGUCCAGGCCACUGUCCUUCCUGCACCUGGGCUGGCCGGCUGCUUGACCUCAGUCCGGAGGGUGGGGUUGGCAUCCUGGUGACUUUUUGGAAACCCUUCCCUCUUCCGAGAGUGGACCUUGAGGAAACUUCUUGCUUUGGCGGCUGUGACCGGGCAUCCUCUGUGAGUCUGGCCAGUGUGGCGACAGCAGAGCUCAUGUCAGUGGAAAGGCUGUUCCCCUAGCAGUGUACAGUUUCCCAUGGGCCCAUCAGUAGGCCCACCUCCCUUGGGCAUGGGGGCGGGGUCUCUCCUCUCUGCCGUCUCCCUCAUUCUGCCCUGCUCCCACCCCCCCACCAGGGCCCAGUCUUGACCCCUGGGGUUUCCCCAGGUUAGGGACGGGUGGGGGGGGUCCAGCUCUCAAUCCUGGGGACCACAGACCGUGGUCUGUAAUCUAAGUGCUGCUUAGUGCACACCCAUCAGGCCACAUGGUCUCUCUCUUUCCUUCUAGUCCCUGGGGAGGCCUUGGGGAGGCACGUGUAAGCCCCUGGCAUAGGCCGAUCAGGACUAUUCUGCGGGUGGCUGCCAGGGCCGACUGGGAGACACUAGAAUAGAGUCAGCACUGGACUCCGGGUGAAAAGUUGAGCCAAGGAGGUAUUUUGAGGAGUCCUGGAUACAGAGGUGCUAGCAGGUGGUGGUAUGAGGAGGAGGAGUGAGGAGAGUCCCGGGCAGCCUUGAAUGCUUGGUGGGGAGUGAGGGGCAGUGGGCAGGGAGAGGCCACGUGUGAGGGGGCCACAGACUCCGGGUGGCCCAUUGGCAUAUUUUAUUUGGCUCGUGUGGAUUUUAAAGAUUUUUUGAAACAGUAGAUAACACUGUAAAAUUGGGAUUUUGAUAAAAUCCAGAUUUCUGGCUUCUCUUGAGGGAAACAAAAAAGAUCGUGGCAUUUUGGGUGCCUAGAACGUGCAAUACGGUGAUCCCUCUAGACAAAGCCCAUGUGGCCUGCUUCUCCAGCACCUGCAGCCGAGCUCACCUACGGUAGGGAAGUGCCCCCUCCCCACCCCCACCCCACUCCAGGCACAUCCCCCACUGCCACUCCCGCCCCCAGGAAGACAAGAGGAGGUCAGGGGAGGAGCCCAGUGGCCAUGAGGGUGGCAGGUCCCAGGAAGGUGAGACAGGCUGGAGACCAAGAUGGUGGUCCUGCCCAAUGGGAGGGGUGGAAGGUGAUGGGGAGGGGGCUGCUGCAAAGACCCUGAGAAGAGGAGGCCCUGGAGGCCGAGAACCGUACCCUUGCUACCCGCUUUCUCAAUUUUUGUUGGUCCUCUUCCUUCCUCUUUCCUCACUUCCUGUCUCUGCCUGCUCCUCCCUCUCUGCCCACGCCUGAGGCCUGCCAGCACCCAGCUCCCCCUGCCCAGUGCUGCUCAACAAGCCCUCUCCCCAGUCCCCUCCCCCAUCCCUGUGUGGGGUGCAGGUGCAGAGAGACCCCAGCCUGAGAUGCCCUGGUGGUGCUCCCUGGCCUGGCCCCUGCUGGGCCUUCCUCCUCUCCAGCAGGGGAGCCCUGUCCUGGAAGGGUGGCAACCCAUGGCUGCAGAGCUGCCCUUAUGGAACCGUCUGUGCUGAGUCUGUCUCCUGGCCCUGGGUUAGGUGACGAGGAAGGAGAGUGUGGAGACCAUCAGUCGCACAGCCGGCCGUCUCCUCCCAAGCAUGUGAUAAGCCAACUCCCCCUGACACGUUGGGCGCCUGCAGGUGCCCGGAGGAGGCGGGGGUGGGGGCCCUUGCUGGCGCUGCAGGUAGGAAGGCAGGGACUGAUGCGUAAACGGACACAGUAAAGAGUAGGAAGGUGGCCUGACCUGCAGGGGUUUGGAGAAGGGCAGGCUCCCUGGAGGAGGGCCUCUGGGCAGUGGGUGUUAUUGAACAGCGGGAAAGCUGGUCAGGCUCCAGCAUGCAGCAUGGGCUCUGCCAGAGAGAAGCGUGGAACUGGGGGUGAGAGGCUGGACCACAGGAGGAGCGCCUCACCAGGGCUCAGACAGACUGCUUCUGGGGCCCAAACUCCAAACCAAGACUCAGAGUCAAACUUGUGCUCUGCAUCCAACCUCUCUUUUCUUACAAUCCUAUUUCUCUAAGACCUGGGAAACUUGGGGGACAGUCAACCUGAUGAUUUUGGUGGUCACCACUGGUAGUGAUGCCAGGGAGGUGGCAGGGCUCUUUCAGUUUCCCAUCAGCCCCCGAGGGAUGGAGGGGGAACAGAAGGAGGGGAGCAAAACUCCAUCACAUACUGCAGUCCAGGGAAUCUUAGAGGCCACCCAGUGAACCUCCCUAACCAUCAGUCUCUUCACAAGGUAGGGAUGUUUCAACUACCUAACUGGUGUCCUGAAAAUUGAACGACGAAACACACGCAGUGUAAUUAGCUUCCUAUCAGCUGUUGAUGAAAACAUCAUCACCUUUCACUAAUCCCCUCCUGUCUGUGAAGGUCCACAGGGUGAUGUCCAGCCUGCCUGGACCACUUCCACCUUCACCCACUCCCCCAGUCAAGUGUGUCUCUUCAUUAUGUCUCAGUUUCCUCACGUGUAAAGUGAGGCUUAGAUUAGUACCACUCUAAAUUCUGACUUUCUUAAACUUGUGGAUUUAUUUCCCCAAAACAACGUGUAUCUCAUUAGCCAGGACUGUGAAACUCCAGCACAAGGCCAGGCACACAGGAGGGGUUCGGUCCAAACUUAUCAACAGUUUGGGUCUCCCUUAGCCUCUUCUUUCUCCGGAAGCCUAGAACCUAAGCAACGGGAAAGGGACUCAAGUCACCCCAAGGGACCUGGGCUACCAGUGCCCCACCCCGCCAUCAGCCCACCUCCUUAUUCCAUUUCGUAAGGACACAUCAGCUCUCCUUUCAGCUCUGAAGAUGAUGCCAGGGCCUGAGCUACUUUUGCUUUGGUAACUCGCAGCGCUAAUUGCAGCUGAGAGGCUGGGUGUGCGGCAAACCCUUGGCAAGAUCCAGGAGCUGAGCUACAGUGACACUGUGGAGCCCCACCCUCCUCCUCCCUGGAGGCCUGCCUGGCUUGGGAAAGGGUGGUUCUCAGACUCCAGUGGGCAUUAGAACCACCUGGAGGUGCUCGCCCCACCCCUGGACUUUCUUAUCAGCAGGUCUGGGAUUGCACCUGAAAAUGUGCUUGUCUAACAAGUCCCCAGGUGCUAUUGGUGAUGCUGAGCCGUGACCACAUUUGGAGAACCACUGUCCCAGAGGGGAGAUAAUGGGCUGCUGAGAAAGGCACCCCUGCUGCUGAGGCCACAGUUAGCCAGCCCUGGGUGGGGGCGGGUGGGUGACAGGGCAGAGGGGUGUUGAUGAAUGCGUUGUGGGGCUGGACACAGGCUCCCACAGUUCUCUGUUUGUUGUAGGAAUUCUGUCUGGAAGGCAGGGGCGUGGUGGAUGUGGAGCCAAGCAGAUGGGUACAGGGAAGGCCUACAGACAAGGAGGGGCCCCUCAAAGAACAGCAAUGAAACUCUCUCCCUCUGCGGUGUUGUAGCCUGUUGCCCAAUCUGUCCUAUGAGGGUACCUAGUGGCCGUCUGCCUCCCGCAUGGACGGUAGUGUUUUCCCUACUGAGGAUCAGGCUACCCUCAUCUUGUGGGCCCUGUAGCACCCAGCAUGUUCCUAGCACACUGUAGGUACUCUGUAAACAGUACAGUGGAAAGAACGUAGGCUUUGGUGGAGGCAAACAGACAGGUUUCCUCCGCCCAGCUGUGCCUUUUCUAGUUAUGAAUCACUUCUUCUUUUGGGCUUUGGUGAGCCCAUCUGUGAAACAGAGCUCACACCCACCGCCAAGAGGGUUACAGGGGCCGCCGUGUGCACUUCCAGUGAGGGCUUGACAGAUGAAAGUGUAUCACUAUUAGCCAACUCUUAGUGGCAUUUACUGGAUGAAGCUGUGGUGGGGGUGCUGCGAGGGCCUGGGGGACGUGGGAGUGAGGGACCCACGGGAGUGGGGGGCCGUCUUGGAUUUCUCCCCCAGGGUCUGGGGCUUCCGGCCAGGCUCAGAGUAAGGGUCUCAGUAAACCAUUGGUCCGGGCCAACCACCUGCCCCAGCCCAACCACCUGCCCCAGCCCUCUGCCGCAGCCCCUGCUGCCCCCAUGACCCUAGCCCUUUGCCAAGCUAAGUUUAGCCGUGACCUACAGGGGCCGCCAUGCUCUGUGGGCAGGGGCGGGGGUGGAGAGGAACUCGGCAGGUUUCCUGUCUGCUUCCUGGCAAGCCGACCAACAAAAGCCCUCCAAGUGAUCCGGUUUAUUUUCAAAGCCGAACCCAACUGCUGGAUGUCUCAGACUACAUGUACGGGGCAGCCUUGUAGAGGCGAGAGCUUUGGGCCAAGGCAGAGGUGGACAUCCUUGAAACUGGGGGAAGGGGGCCUUUGGCGAGGAGGGUGUGUGUGUACAGGCAUGCCCACACGCGUGCUCGUGUCCAGUGGCUUGUUAGAGGCCCCCAGCUGCUGUCCUGUCCCUGUGGUCUCCAAAAGUCCAGACAUCCGGAUUCUCUCCCCUCAUGCUUCUGAACCCCGCGGCCCCUGGGGCAGUGUUCUUGUGGCUUGGUCUGGGGAGGGGAAGCAGGUAACCCAGCCCCACCUAGUGGGCACAGAGCAGCCACCGCCCUGUUCCCCAUCACUCAGGUGCCACAGGCAGAGCCAGCCUGCACAGAGGGUAUCAGGAGCAAAAUGACAGCUGGGAUCCCAUCCCAUCCCAUUCUUGGGAGGGCAGAGGUGGUUUAAACUGGGAGUGAGUCAGAGGGAACUCCACCUCUGGGAGGAUCCAAGGCUGCAAAGCCUUCUCCCCCUUUGCCUUGGGGGCAGGGUGGAUGGAGUGGUGUGCCAAGGAACACAGUCCUAGGGGAGCAUAUUGUGCUUUCAGAGCACUUUUGAGCAUGUGUUCCUCCACACCCCUGGGACUGGGGCAGGGCUGGUGUGUUUGAGAGGUGAGAAAACAGGCCUAGGGAGGCUGAGGGGGAAGGAGCUGGUGUCGUAAGGUGCCUCCUCUAUGCCGGGCACUGUGCUCAGCACCUAUGAUGGAUGGUCUUGCUUAACCUCCCCUUCCUGUGAAGCAGGGCCUGCUGUUAACUCCAUCUCACAGGUACAGCAGUGGAGCCCCAAAGAAGCCACGUGACUCACCCAAGACCCUCAGCAAGGGGCAGAGUCAAGGUUCAGACGUGGGCCUGCUGCUUCUACAGCCCAGGCUCCUUCCUGUUCCCUCCUGCUCCUGCUGAGUCUUGUAUAUAACCCUGCUAUUGCCAGUGCUCCUGUGGCUACCUGCUUCCUGCCCGAGUUGCUUGUAGGUGCAUCUGUGUGGCCCACUGCCUCGCAAACCCCUGCAGGCAGGUUCAUCUGCUAUUCCCAUCCCAUCACAGCUACCCUUUUAUGAGAAAACUUGCUCAGGGCAAGCAUUUUGCUGAGUGCUUUCUAUACAUUAUCUCCUUUACAACAGCAGGUAUUAUUAUUCCCAUUUUACAGAUGAAGAGACUGAGGUUCUGAAAAGUUGAAUGAUUUGUCCAGGGUCGCAUAUCUAUUAGGUGCACUUGCUGGGUGCUAACCCGGUCUGUCUCCUCCAGAGUCCAUCCUCUUAACCCCUUAUCACUGUGUCGAUUGCUCCAGCUGGUUUGGAGUUUUGAAACUUGCCUGCCCUGGUGCAGCCCAUCGUCUUCCAGCAGGCAUGAGGACAUACACAGGUAGCUCUGUGAAGCUGUUGGAUAGGGAGGAGGAGGACUUCCCAGUCACAGGACUUGGUGAUGGCACCCCCCCCCACCCCCAGCUGGUAGCAUCCUGAGUUGGCAUGGAAACUGACCUCUGGAAUCAGGUGUUGCCAAAGACUUUUGCUGUGACUUGUCAGGGCCUGCUGUGCCCGAAUGUGGCUGCCUAGGGCCUCAAAACCCCCAAAUUAUCUCCUAACUGGCUGCUACCUAGUAUUCUACUAUUGGUACUACAUGCCUUUAUCCUAACACUCUGAUCUGGGUUUAUCAGUCAGCCUUACAGUUUUAUCUUGGACCAUCCUGGCCAAACUUUCCACUGAUGUUUCUCUAAUGUAGAAACCAGGGCUGACCUGUUUCUUCAAUUAUCCAGCAAGCUGCUCCUUGUGUUGGGGAAGAGAAGUGGGCUGGCUGCCCCCUGUUCUUUUCCCUCACCCCACCUCCCUUCCAGCCUGAGACUUCCUCCACUUUCUCCCUUCCUCCAUUUCCUUCUCAAGUGGAAACAUGUAAGUGUUUCAGAGUUCACCUCUGAGCCCUGAAUGUGUCUGCACACUGGAUUCUGCUGCUGCUGGACCUCCUUCCUCCCUGCCAACCUUUUCUGGUUCCUGCUGACAGUGGGGAGUCACAUCUGAGCAGGAGGCUUUGCCCAGGUGUGGUAACUCAGGCCGUCUAUUGGGUUGGCCAGAAAGUUCGUUCAGGUUGUUCCGGAAUAGCGGGUGGAAGAGCGGAAGAGCAGGUGGGGGCUCUUGGUUCUCCAACAGUGACCUCCUUUAGCCAUUUGCUCUCCUAGCGGAGGUCCCCAGCACGAAGCGGGGCAAAUGUGGAAAAAGCCAAUUGUUACUUCCCCAGAUUCCAGCCAGGGAGAAGAGGGUAUAAUAUAAGACUUACUAUGUGAGUCUGCUUCUCAAACUUUAAAGUGGAAGGUAUUAAAAUGCAGAUUCUGGUUCAAUAGGUCUGGGGUGGGGCCAAGAUUUUGCAUUUCUAAUAAACUCCCAGGAGAUGCUGCAGCUGCACAGUCUAAAUAGCAAGUACUGUACUGUAAGAGGUAAGUCCUUCCCCAAAAGUCACUUGAGACCUAAAAAUCCAUUUAUCCUGGAGGAAAGGUGUGUCUCUUUUCACAAUUAAGAAGUCAGGUUUAAAGUUAAGACUUGUGAGAGGAAAGCCAAUGACUCAGUCACUCUGGUUGUCUCCUAGAUUGUCCUGGGGAAGGACCUGGGAGUAGCCAGGAGAUCAGUGUCUGAAUUUGGGGUGAGGUCUUCCAGAUCGGAAGGAGAGGUUUACAGUGAGGGAAGAUAAAGGCUCAAGACUGCUUCAGUUACUGUUCAGUGAACACAUGCUGUGCACCAUUCACGUGCUGUGUAGGCGGUCUGCACGGAUCAAUGCAUCCAUCAAUACGGUGACCCUCCGGUUACUCUGAUUUUCCUUCUGUACAGUAAGGCAACUGGGGCUCAGAGAGGAACGCCGGCGCCAUGGCGCUGGGGCUCUUCCGGGUGUGCCUGGUGGUGGUGACGGCCAUCGUCAACCACCCGCUGCUGUUCCCGCGAGAGAACGCCACGGUCCCCGAGAACGAGGAGGAGAUCAUCCGCCAGAUGCAGGCGCACCAGGAGAAGCUGCGGCUGGAGCGGCUGCGCCUGGAGGAGGAGGUGGCGCGGCUGGCGGCCGAGAAGGAGGCGGAGGCGGCGGCGCUGGAGCGGGCGGCGGAGGAGGGCCGGCAGCAGCAUGAGAGCCGCGCCGCCUGGGACCUGUGGAGCACGCUCUGUAUGAUCCUCUUCCUGGUGAUCGAGGUGUGGCGGCAGGACCACCAGGACGCGCCCUCGCCCGAGUGCCUGGGCGCCGACGAGGACGAGCUGCCCGGCCUGGAGGGCGCCCCGCUCCGGGGCCUCACCCUGCCCAACAGGGCCACGCUCGACCACUUCUACGAACGCUGCAUCCGGGGGGCCACGGCCGACGCAGCCCGUACCCGGGAGUUCGUGGAAGGCUUCGUGGACGACUUGCUGGAAGCCCUGAGGAGCCUGUGCAGCCGGGACACGGACAUGGAGGUGGAGGACUUCAUCGGCGUGGACAGUAUGUACGAGAACUGGCAGGUGAACAAGCCGCUGCUGUGCCACCUCUUUGUGCCCUUCAUGCCCCCCGAGCCCUACCACUUCCACCCAGAGCUCUGGUGCUCCGGCCGCUCGGUGCCCUUGGAUCGCCAAGGCUACGGCCAGAUCAAGGUGGUCCGGGCCGACGAGGACACGCUGGGCUGUGUCUGCGGCAAGACCAAACUCGGGGAAGACAUGCUGUGUCUCCUUCACGGCAAGAACAACGUGGUACGGCCGGGCAGUGAGGCGGGAGACCCGCUGUGCGCCCCAGACUCCCCAUACCUGGACACGAUGCGCGUCAUGAAGUGGUUCCAGACGGCACUCACCAGAGCCUGGCACCGCAUCGCCCGCAAGUACGAGUUCGACCUGGCCUUUGGCCAGCUGGACACCCCAGGGUCCCUCAAGAUCAGGUUCCGCUCAGGAAAGUUCAUGCCCUUGAACCUGAUUCCUGUGAUCCAGUAUGAUGACUCCAACCUGUAUUUGGUCUCCCACCUUACCAGGGAGCCCUGUGAGGGGACCCCGCCGUCCAGCACUGAUUGGCUCCUGUCCUUCGCUGUCUAUGAGCGCCACUUCCUCAGGGUGACCUCAAAGGCACUGCCCGAGGGCGCCUGCCACCUCAGCUGCUUGCAGAUCGCCUCCUUCCUGCUCUCCAAGCAGAGCCGCCUGACCGGCCCCAGCGGGCUCAGCAACUACCACCUGAAGACUGCCCUGCUGCACCUCCUGCUUGCCCGGCGGCCAGCCGACUGGAAGGCUGAGCAGCUCGACGUUCGUCUACACGAGCUGCUCUGCUUCCUGGAGAAGAGCCUGCUGGAGAAGAAGCUCCAUCACUUUUUCAUCGGCAACCGCAAGGCGCCGGAGGCCAUGGGGCUCCCUGAGGCCAUACGCAGGGCGGAGCCUCUCAACCUCUUCCGGCCCUUCGUCCUGCAUCGAAGUCUCUACCGGAAGACAGUGGACUCCUUCUAUGAGAUGCUCAAGAAUGCCCCGGCGCUCAUUAGCGAGUACUCCCUCCAUAUUCCCUCAGACCAUGGCAGCCUGCCACCAAAAGCCCUCAUCUUGUAGAGCAUCCACGACCCAGAGGGCCAGGACACAGGGCAUCCUACCUGUCCACAUCCCUGGGGGCAUCUGCAGGCCCUGUCCUGGGGAAAUGGCAGGCUUUGUAGGGCGCCGUAGCUCAGCCUGCCAGGGGAGCCAGACCUUGUAGCACAGAAGAAACAGAAUUCCAAGCUGAAGCUGGUUUGCUUUCAUGCCACUGGGGCUUGCUGGUGAAGCUAUUGUCUGGGUUUGGGGACUCAUCCUUUGCAGCUUCCUUUUAGAUCACCACCGAUGGCCAAGGUGAUAACAGAACUGUGUGGAUGCUGAGUUACAGACAAUGCAGACAUCGAUUUGGGUGUGAUUCUUUUUUCCAUCCCAGGUCCAGUCUUUACUUGAAUAUCAACAAAAGAUCUACAGGAAUGCUAACAGGGACCUGUGUUAAGACCCUGCACCCUGAUUUCCAGUAAUCCUUGGCCCCAGGCAUCUGCAGCCAGGCAGUGGGCACCUGUGUAGGAGUUUGCAAUGUUCCGUCCACAGCUGCACAAUAGGGGUCCCCAUUGUGGUUGCCAUUUUUAUACGAUUUGGAGAAAAGACGUAGAGAGAUUCAAGGCCCCAGGUGGCUAAUAUCUCUGUUACACAGAAGUGGGUACUUGGUGGCAGAGAGAAGUUUACGUUGGCCGCUGUUUCAGCUACAUGUCUCACUCAGGGUGCACCCCCUUCUACCUGCCCCGUCCCCCAGGAUUCUAUGUUCUGAACCCUGUGGGUGCCACGUACCAUGCUGGGUACAAGCUCAGUGGCCCCUCACCCUCGUUAUUCUCUCCGCAGCUGGUCUCUCUGGCCACCAGUGUGUUGGGAGGUUGGGGCACUGAAGGUGGAAGAUGAGAGAGAAAGAGGGACACAGGGUGACUGGGGCAAAGGACAGAGCCUGGUACGUGGGGUGCUGGGGUCUGGUUUGCAGUCUGGCCCCUGAUGCCCUGUUCAGAGAACGUCGUAGAGCUGAGAGGUGAGGGAUGCUGAGCCCUGGGUUUUCCUCAAGGUUCCGAUCCUUGAGCAGGGCGUGCCGGGAAACAGGACUGCUGUGGAAACCCAGCUCCACGUGCAGGCCCCCAAAGCCCCGUGGCUUUUCAUUCCAGUGGGGCUCCCUCACUGCACAGAACCCCCUCCACUGCCACCCCGUUCCAUAUGGGCCUUGCUGGCCACCCAGAUGACCAGCACCCUAAGAGCCUGACAGAGGCUUGGCUGACUGGGACACGUAAGGACAGACUACAGGCACAGCCCUCAGGCCUGAGAGAGGCCUCCUUGGCACUGCUGGGCUGCGGUUCCUGGGCAGGCCCCAGAGCCUGCGGUCAGAGCUGGCCUCCAUCUCCAGGCCUGGUUCGGGGCGGCGGGGAGCCACACCCUCCUUCACUUGUGGCUUCACUGGCCCUGUGGGAGCGCCUCUCUGCAUUGCCUCAGUAAACCUUGCAGAGGGCCAAGGAGGAUGCAAGAACGCGUGCUCCUUCCCCAGCCCCCUCCCUCCAGGGUUGAAGCUGGCCGUGCCUCCCAGACAGCUUACCUGAUUCCCUGGGAGUGUCGGGCUUGCCGUGAACUGAAGAAAGGAUCCUGUCUCUACCCCAGGAGUGCUCUCACCUAACCUCCAAGUGUUCUAGAAGAUGGACCGUUUGCCUGACAGGGUUAAUUCACAGUGGGAGGUUUGGCUGUGAUAGGGCAUCGAAGCCCACAGGAAGCAAGAGGAAGCUUCCUUCCAUGUGAGCUGGGGGGAGACUGAGCCGCGCCUGGGUCUGCCCCUCCCAAGGCCCACGUGGUCUCCAGCAGUAAACCCCAAGCCCCCCACUUCUGUGGGGAUUCAUUUCCAGAGUUGGGGUGAAUUUCCUUAUUUAUUGUCACCCAUGCCUUUCCUUUUCCAUCUUCAUCCUCAUCUGAUGUGCUUUGAAGAGACCCCAGCAACCAAGAACCAGCCUCCAGAAGCCAAGACCAAGCCUGAAUCUCCCUCGGUUUCCCCUUUGCUUCCAGGAGAAGAUUCACUGAAAAAUUACCUGCUGGCCUCUUGUGUAUGCAGAGACAGCAACUCCGUGGGGAAAUGGGGAUCUUUUAUGCACCAAAGAUGCUUCUGAAGCAGAAAACAGCGGGACUCUUGAUGUUUUGUGCUGCCUUAUUUAUAUUAAAGGAAGAAUUAAAUUCUUGCAA